GGCCUCCCUCUUCCUCCCAACCUUAAUUGGAGCCGUGUCGUCAACACCACGCCAUCAAUUCAAGGAGAGGAUGCUCAGGAUGCUCACUUUGUCUUUCGCUUCACCAUCUCAGGCCCUUCCCUGGUCGAUCGCCGUUCCGUUGCCUGGUCUUGCAAGGAAGCACCCGCUGGGCAACUCUCGGUCAGUUGGCUGGCAGCGCUUCCUCUUGUUCCCUACCCCAGGUUUUCUUCUCUCUGUAUCCCUAGGAACCUACCCAUGUAUUGGGAGACCGUCUGCUGCCGGUCUGCUAUCCGGUCGUUUUUUUUCAUGCCUUCAGCUUAUGGAUUAUGGCCUCUGCGUUGCUUUUUGCUCCUCGCGCUCCUUUCCUCUGCGCGAUUCCAAAUACCAUGUACACAUACUCAGCUCAGUCACGCAUUGCCGCAUCUCCACCAAUACAGCGGCCAUGCCGUUGAGCCACAAGUCUCAGAUGGACCGGCUCUUUUUCUAUGGGUCAAGACUCUACCUACUAAGGACCCCCUGUUUGUCGUCAAUCUGCUGCGCCGCCGCAGCCGCUGGAGUCGAAACCCCAGCCACGAUGGCAUUGAUCGAUGCUGCUCAUUGCUCCUAGGGGGUUUCCCAUUGACACGACCCAACAUUCUUUGUCGCCUUUGGAGCCUUUCUCUGGCGCCCCUUUCCAGCUGCGUUCAUCGCUGCAGAAUGCUGAUCUGCAAUAGGAGGUUGACGAGCGAGCGACAUGGUCUGGACGCUAAUGUCGAGAAACUCGAUCACCCCAGCAGUGGUGAGUGUCCUGUACCUGGACAAGGGCCGAGAAUCCAACGCAAGGUGAUCUGUUGGAGACCGACAGAGCCGGGGGUGUGUCUCAGGAUGCUGCUAAGCAAGCCCCCAUCCAGCCAUUUGGGAGCGCCCACAGACAUCCUAUCCUGGGCAUCUUUGAACACGCUUGGUUUUUUUUCCCUUUCGGCUUC